AUGGAUUCCAGUCGCAGCUAUGUUAGACGAUCACUGGUCGACUAUCCCAAGCCUGAAUCGGAUCUCGCAGAAUGGGCAACUAAGAUCAAGGCGUUGCAGCGACAGGUCGACGCUGAUGAAGAGGCGGAACAGAAGCGAUUGGAGGCCGAAAUCCAAGCUGCGAGGCAAGCCCGCCUAAGACGCAGUCGUCGAUUUAGUGGCCGUGGACUGAACCUCGACAGUUCUCCUUCUGGUGGUUCGGAUAAAUGGAAUUUGGCGAGCCCAACUACGGACGUGUUGUCUGAUGACCGACCUCGCGACAGUGCUGAUCGUUACGGUCACCAGAACGAAGCCUUGAAGAAGCUCAUGGGGAACAACGCGGUCCACGUCCCGCCGAAGGCUCCCAAUGAAGCCGUUUCGCUCGCAUCUUUUAUUGGAGGACGUGCUACAGGGCCACGGCUGAACAAGCAUUCUGCGCAACAGGAUGCCCAUGACCCCACACAGUUCAACCAACCCGACACUAGCACCCCACACCCCAUUUUUGGGAAGGGCGGGGUGGCGAUGCCAGGAAUGGUGUCCAAGCAGGACCUUAACAAUGGUCGUAUUCCUCCCAAACCUGCCUGUUCGUCGUCAUUGUCUACUUCGAAGACCGACCAACCCAAGUCCAACAAUCUCCGAGCACCAGCUACCGCCACAGAACGACGUCGAUCCCUCUCCCCGACCCCUGCCGUUGGAACAGAGGACUUUGAACGAUAUCGUCCCUCUGCAAGUCCAACACCUAAAUCACCAUUGAAAGCAAGGAAGAGUUCAGAGUCGGUCAAAGAAACGAGUCAUAAAGAUAACGGGGGCUACCGAUACUCUAUCGUUGGGCACUCGCUGCGUUCUCAGAAGAGUUCAGAGCGCGUUGGGAGCCCAGGAUUACGCUCUCAGAAGAGUUCAGAACGCAUAGCGCCCCCCGUCGUCGGAAGUGAAGACUUUGAACGAUAUAGGCCUUCCACUAGUCCUCAGCCGUCCGUGCUUAAAUCCCAGAAGAGUGUUAGCACCUUUUCUUCGAGCGGAACUGCGGAGAAGCAACGUCCGCUGUCCAGCUCUGGUUUCUACGGAAAUACACGUUCUACGUCACCAACCAAGCCUUUCGGGAGGUCAUCUCCAGAGAAGCGAACCUCAUCACGACCAGCAUCCCCCGAGAAACCAAUCACUCGCACUUAUGGCUUCGACGCGCCGAAAUCCGCUGUUCCCGAGCUGAAGUCCCAGAAUUCAUGGAGUAGGGACCCAUCGAAGUCUUCCACUCCCGUGAAUCCAGUCGCCAGCGAGAAAGCAGCCAGCAGCGUAUCGCGACAGACUAAUAACAGGACCCCGCCAGUGAUGGCCCCACGUCCAAUCAGUUAUCUUUCCACUACUACUCCUUCCAUCAGGGAACGAACCAUCUCCACGCCGAACUUCUUGCCCAAGUCACCUAUCGCCACCCAUACUCCCAGCAGAUCUAUUGUCAACCCCCCGCCAUCCCUGGCUCGACCGAUACAGCCAGAGCCCCGCGUGCCAACUAAUGUACCGAUCCUGCCCGCUGCUGCAGUCGUCCCAUCCCCAGCUUUCAGAAAGCAAGAGACUGCGAAAGACCUCUCCCCGAGUAUAAGCCGAUUGCAGGGCCGCGGAUUCGUUCAGAACAUGGUUAAAGCCAGUCUACAACUCGAGUCUCAAUCUGCGCCGACAUCAGUACAAGCCACCCCCGUGGAGAAGGGGAGACAGGCUAGUGGUGGCAAGAAAUCGGUGUUGGAUCGCUGGCAACCGCACAUGCGCUCCCCUUCUCCUCCGCCGUCCCCCACCAAAUCACAAACCCCUGUCCAGGUUCGCCGAGCUGCCACCACCGACCCCAACGUGACAAAACUGGCGGAGUCGAGGUCUGUUGCCGCCUCUCCGGCACCAGUGCCUACAGUGCAGCAAAGUGGUCAACAGCAAUUUCCUGGUUCCAGUUCCCGUGAACCCUUGACACCCCGGACGACUGCUCGCUAUAUAGAGAAGAUGUCGGCUCCCACAGGUAAAAUAGGCUCGGCAACCACCAUGUUCGUGGAGAAAUUGCCAUCCUCGCCCUCGAUAUCCGCUGUCGAUGAACUUGGGGUGAAGCACGAGAUACCGCGCAGCCAAUUGGCUGGGAGACAGAAGCACCACAUACCUUCGGAAAUUCCAGGCCCCACUGGAAAACCGUUGAUACAUCCAACAAAGAACAGAGCUAAGAGGCCGAAGAAAAACUCGACGAAUGCAACCAUCGGAGGUCGUCUGACGGAGGAACCUGAGGAGAUCAAGCAACAAGGCAAGCCGGCACCAUCUCCUGUCCCAAAUUCAUUCAACAUGCCACAACCGUCGAGAACAACUAUCCCGGAAAGCCAUGUUCGUUCCGAUGCUAAAAUCAGUCGUCUUGCUGAGGCCUGGAGCAAUAAUGGGCCAAUCCUGCCGCGGCAUACCCCAACAGAGCGUCCUUCUGAAGACAUCUCUUCAGCUCGCGAGACCAAAAAAUACCCUGGCCUUCGACAUGCUUUGCCUGGCAUGGCAAAGGAGCCUUCCUUUCGACCCAGGACUCCAGAAAUGAAGACACCUCCUCAAUCGAUGAGCCCUUCAAUGGACCGAGCUCCGAGUUCACCGAGGCCAAGGAUUCCUAGUACUGGCAGCAGGGCGACUGUAAUGGAGGUCGCUCAAGCUUUGCAGGAGCGUGCGCAAACACCUGAAGCACCGCCUCCACCUGCUGUUUCAGAAACGCCGCCUAUUCCCGAUGAGGACCAUGCUCCCGUUCCACCUCGACUACGACCUGCGCCUUCCAGUCAAGCGGAGAAGAGAAAGUCCAGCUACGACAGAUUCUCGGUGAUUACGUUGCCUCCAUUGAAGGAAGAAGCGACACCAGCACCAUCCCCAGCGGGGACUUUGACGCGUACCAAGGAAUUUAUUCAUCCUAUUUCAAGCGAACCAAGAACACCAAAAGAGCCCAAAGAAGUGUCCAUCACACAUAAUGACCUCCCGUUACCUCAAGUUGAUGUCUCCGUCAUGUUCCAUCCUAUAUCCCCAAGCUCCUUGAUUCCUCCAGAUUCAAGGACGAUCUCUGUGGAUGUCAUGUCUGUUUCUGGCACCUCGACUACCACCUUGACGGAAGAUAUUGCCAUCUUUUAUGAUACAGAAGUGUUAGCCGUUGUUCACAGGAGCAAAUCCCAGCCUAGUGGUCUAGUGGAUACUUUUGUCUGGUGUUGGCUUGGUAAACGAUCGCAGUACGGAGAGAAGGAGGAAAAGAAGGUGCAGGAGAUCGCGAGGAGAUAUGGCACAACGGCUAUCAUCGUUCGCCAAUACAGUGAAUCCGCUCAUUUGAUCGGACUGGUUGGCGGAAGACUGGCUAUUCGACAGGGUUCUCGAGCUCACUGGAGCCCAGAGAAUACUGCGAUGCACCUCGUUCGAUCCACCCGCGGGUUGAUCACCAUCGACGAGCACGAUCUCAGCAUCAAAAACUUGUGUUCUGCAUUCAGCUACUGCGUGACCCUCUUGAACACCGUCUACAUCUGGCACGGGUCUGGCUCCUCCGCAACUGAACGUGAAGCGGCCACCGAUUAUGCGCAACAGCUUGCCAAUGGUGGUGCGAUUAUCGAGCUUUUCGAAGGGAAAGAAUCUGAAGGCGACGAUUCGAUGUUCUGGAUGAUCCUUGGUGACGACGCGUAUGCAAAUGCGGAUUAUUGGAAAUGGAGGGGCUCCGUGCCAUCCGCUGAUCCCACAAUGUGGAGAGUUGAUGCUAAUAAGCGUGUUAACACUCUUGUACCUGUGGAAUUCUUCAGCCAAGUGGCCAAUCCCUGCCAAUCCGUCUAUAUCGCCAACUGUAUUUGGGAACUUUUCAUUUUGGUCGGCCCUGACGCUCGUGGGUCGCGUAGAGACAUUCGACUCGCGCUAGAGGUCGCCUUGGAAUUCGCCAAACGAGCAUCGGCUGAACGACCGUUCACGCCCAAUGUCCACGUUGUCAUCCUGCCGUCCAAGCUCCCUCUUGAUCUUCGACUGCACUUCCGUGACCUCGACGAGGAGUUACUGAAUCAUAAUAAUAUCCCCGACCACAUGAAUCUAGUGUCUUCUGAAGAAGCACUUGCCCAGCUUCAGAAUACGUCUUGGUCACCCGAUGACCUGAAAGACCAUCAAAUGCUUCCACUCGGCCUCGAUGUAAUGCAUUCUAUCCGCCCACAAGCUUGA